AUGACAACAGUAGACAGUCUCCCUGAACAAAGCCACUUUGACUAUGUCAUUGUUGGCGGCGGAACAGCAGGAUGCGUGAUUGCCAAUCGCCUCUCAGGCUAUGUUCCCGAAAAGCGAAUACUAGUCAUAGAAGCCGGCCCCAGUGAUGUCGGGGACAAUCGCGCAUUGAUCCUUAAAGAUCGCGUGCAAAUGCAGGGAACUGACCUGGAGUUGAGAUACACGACAGUUGAGCAACCAAUGGGAAAUAGCAACAUCAUCCACUCAAGGGCAAAAAUUCUUGGAGGCUGUUCCAGUCACAAUGACAUGGUAUCAUUCCGAACGCCAGAGUACGACACGUACAGUUGGCAGAAACUAGGCUGCGACGGCUGGUCAUUCGAGCUAUUCAAUCGUCUGCAGGACCAACUUCUCGUUAGAACAUACCCAUCAGCUCACCCCCGUGAUCAAAACCAACUGAGCAAGGACUGGGUUCUAUCGGCACACCGCGCCCUUGAUCUCCCCUUUGUCAAGAACUUCAACAAGAACAUUGCCUCGUCUGGUGGUCUUACCCAAGGCGUCGGCUGGACUCCAUUGUCUUACAACCCGGAUAACGGAUGGCGAGGCAGCGCGAGUGUGUCGUACAUCCACCCCAUUCUAUCUGGGCAGACUCAGCGACAGAAUCUCACCAUCUUGACGAAUUCAUGGGUAACACGAGUCAACGUGCAAGGCGACACCGCCGUAAGCGUUGACGUUGUUACAAAAGCAGGGACAAAGCAUACCGUUCGCGCCACAUCAGAAAUUAUUCUUUGCGCAGGCGCCAUUGACACGCCACGGCUUAUGCUUCUCUCGGGACUCGGCCCUAAAGAACACCUUGAUUCUGUCAAUAUAUCGGUUGUUAAGGAUAUCCCUGGUGUCGGCCAAAAUCUCCAGGACCACCCUAGUUCGGUGGUGGUGUACGAUCUUCAUGAACCGGCUCCAAAGACGACCGCCACACACUCAGACGUGUUAGCUUUCCUGCGGCACAAGCCAUUCAACUGGGCUGGCGACGACGGAAGCAUUCCAGAUAUCCUGUUGCACAUGUGGGCCCUAGACUUGUGCGAUGAGACCUCGAAGCUGGGCUAUGACAGACCAAAGAAUCCCUUCUGUUUCCUACCAGUGGCGCUGCGUACGCAAACUUCUGGGCGGUUGUAUCUAAAGUCCAAUGAUCCCCAGGAGAUGCCGGCUCUCGACUUUAAAUAUUUUGAGGAUCCUGAAGGCUACGAUGCAGAAGUUAUUGUGGCGGGUAUCAAGGCGGCGAGAAAGAUGGCAGAAUCACAACCGUUAAAGAGUCACAUCAAGCGAGAAGUUGCUCCUGGGCCGCACAUCACUUCGGACGAAGAUCUCAACAAGUAUGCCCGGUCGGUUGCAUGCACCAUUUACCAUCCUGCAUGUACUGCGAAGAUGGGCGAUGUCAAGAAGGAUCCAAUGGCGGUGGUUGAUUCGCGACUGAGAGUGCGUGGUGUCAGGAACUUGCGAAUUGCUGAUGCUAGUGUCUUUCCAAUCAUGAUCUCGGUGAACUUGAUGUUGACUGUUUUGGCGGUUGGCGAGAGAGCGGCAGAAUUGAUUGCUGAGGAUGCUGGCUGGACUGGGUUGAGCCCUCGGCUGUAG